CUCUUUCCCCUCCCCCCCCCACCCUUGUCAGUUUCCAUUUCUCCAACAAUUUCUUCCUUUUCUCUCUCUUCUUUCACCAACUUCAUCAAUUCAACAUUCAAUGUUAAUAUUGCUGUCUCCAACAACAUGCCCAAACAACCUUCUACACCUCCUCCCAUUCCCAACAUCAUCAAACACACUCAUCACUUCACACAAAUCAACAACAUCAUGCCAAAAACUAUACAAAUACGUUACACCGACCCUGACGCCACGGAUUCUUCUUCUGACGAAGAAGAAAAUCCAAUACAUUCCAAUAUUACCCCUCGCCGCAGAAUCAAAACUUUCAUCCACGACAUUGUGAUCGAAAAAGAAACCAUUUCAAAUAAAAGAAAAAACCCUAACACCAGAGUUAAAACCAAAACUCCGGCGACUCAACGGCGGCCGGUGAUUUACACCGGGAAGAAAUAUCGUGGAGUGAGACAGAGACCUUGGGGAAAAUGGGCGGCGGAGAUAAGAGACCCCAAACUCAAAUUUCGACGGUGGUUGGGAACUUACAACACUGCUGAAGAAGCUGCUAUGGAGUAUGAUAAAGCCGCCAUUGAAAUACGUGGUGCAGACGCGCUUACGAAUUUCAUUCAACCCACGACAAAGAAGGUUGUUAUAAACUCCAGCAGCGAUGAAUGCGUUGUUUCUGCCACGUCAGUACUUCAAUGUUGUACUUCUUCCUCAGAAGGAGGUGAAUCCGUAACAGUAAAAGACAAUGUUAUCGUUCCAAUGAGUACUGAAUCUUUACGUGAAUGUGAAAAUGAAUGUUCGUCUGUGUCUGGGAAUUUGUUUGACAAUGAUUUAGUAAAAUCUGAGUCAGUUUUUCCGAUUCCUAAUGAUACGUUAUUUGAUGAGUUUGGAAACAUGUUCUUAUUCCAUGAUGAUUUGAGUGGAAGUUUUGUCGAUACUUCGAUUAAUAGUUUGGAUUUAGGUUUCACAGAAUGGAACAGAGAUUAUGGUGAUUUCCAGGAUAUUGGGGAUUUGUUUGGUUCGGAUCCUGUUACUGCUGUUUUGUUUGAUGAAGAAAUGAGCCAAGUUUUGUAACGGUAGGGAGGAUUAAGUUGUAAUCAGUUUUUGUUUUCAUUAGUAGUAUGAUAGUAUUUUAAUUUGUAAUGAGAGAAUUUAUGUUUGUUAAUUAA